UCUCGGCGAACGUAAGAGAAGUGCAGACAAGCUCACGCACUAGGCGCAAGGAAGUCACAUUACAAGUCAAGAACACGUGCAGCCUCCUCAUAUUCAAGCUCUAUACUACAGACGUGUGACGUUCAUAAACUAUAGUCCAGAAAUGAACUCGUGUAAUAACUUGCAAAAGCUUGGUGAGACCUCCAACACAAGAAAAACUGGCCAAUGACCGACCAUCGGGUAAUGUGCGGCAGAUUGCUGCCGGCCAUUCAAGUCGGCAUGAAGAGCUGGAGUUGGAAAAAGGCCGACGUCGCCAUCGUCAUCGGCGCUAGCUUGGCCGCUAACGCUGGCUUUGGACUAUGUAAUGCCAAGCUCAUGAAACCAGAGGCGCCACCUUCGAGCUGGCCCGACACUGCUGGCCGGUGCAGGCGUCCUCCUUUGCUUUUACGAAAGUAUACUCUCAAAGCGAAACGUGGAAAGCAAGUAGGCGCUGUGAAGACUCUUUUGGCGUGCUGCACGCUCCCGCUUGUUUUGUUCACUUCCAGGCCACCACUUUUACACGUUUUCUUGCAACGGAGGAGCAGGUGGAAUUCAUGGACAUGCCAGGACAAGCCGGUGGAGUUUCCGGGUUUUACCUUUGGUCACUAUUUUUCUACCCAUGCUGGCGCCUUGGGCAUUAUGAGAUUGAGCCGAAAUAGUGAAAAACCAUUGGCUGUCAACAAUGACAGUGAUAUGUGGCUGUAUGCUCUUGACUCUGGAGUGAAGAUAACCAUGUUAGACGCAACCUGGUGUGUCCUUCCGAAACGAGCUGCAUUUUACAUCUGCCGAGGAGUGCCUUAUGCCCUAAAAAAUCUGAGCCUGACAACCUGCAACAUCCUUUAUAUUCUCACAGAGGGGUGGAAGCCUGAUCGAGUGUCAUAGUCUUUUUUUUUCGCGAAAUUUUUUGCGUCCUUUAAAAUUUUUUUGAAGUCACAAUUGUAAGAGACUUUUAAAGGUUUUUCUUUGUGUCACGAGGUUGUUCACAUUUAAUUUCAAUAAUUGACAACCUUUUAUUUAUAAAGACAUGUUCAAGUUAACAUUUCCAUGGGCCGAAUGUUCGAAUUCGCAUUCCAUGUACACACCUCUCACUGUACAAAGUUUGGCUAAUGUUUGAUGUUUUAUUAGAGUUGUAUAAUGCCUGAAUUUUCAGCGUCAUGUUGUAUGUACAGUGUUGCACUAAUUACUUUGAAAAAAAUAUAUUUUUUGCAAUGUAUGCCCUCUUCACAAAAAGCCUGGCCUAUAGUUAGAGGCUGCGUCCUAUUUGGAGUGCAUUCUUAUGUUAUUUGUGCUUGCUAUUGGACCUGGCAUGCUUCAGCAGCAAUGAAAGUGAGGAAGUAAAAGUAGCGGACAUUUUAAAUUGCUUCAGAAAUACCACUCUGUAUGCGACACCUGAGGUUGACAAGUCUCAGCAGCAGGUGUCUGGCACAAAGCACGUAAGACAUGUGUUCAUGCUGUUUAUGUUGAUUGGUUGGGCAGAAACAUCCCACUGUGCAUUGUGUUAUGCUGUCCAUGUUCAUUUGUCAAGCAGACACACCAUAGUGUAAAUAGUGCUAAUAGUUUACUUGCUGCCUUUUAGCAUCUGUUGUAAAGCCCAGCUCUAGUCAAACCCACCUAUAUCAAACUUGCAGAGAGACUAAUUACUUCUAUAUAGUGUGUACUUGAGUAUAAAACUUUCACAAAAUAAAUUGGCCUGAAUCUA